AUGGAGACCCCAGACCAGUUGGAACCAAUAAGGGUUGGAAAUGCCUGCCCACCCCCAGCCUCUAGCUCCUCCCUCUGCAGCCAGAGUCAGCACCAUCAAGCGGGGCAGAAGACAACUAAUCUGCUCACUCAUGACUAUUUUGCACUCACCGUGGCCACCUUUGUGGAGCUCAGUACUAAGGCCAACUUGGGCCUGGGCACCUGGAAGUCUACCCCAGGCAAAGUCAGAGAGGCUGUGAAAGUGGCCACUGACAUAGGAUGUCGCCACUUGGACUGUGCUUAUGCCUACGAGAACGAGCAUGAGGUGGGGGAAGCCAUCCAAGAGAAGAUCUGAGAGAAGGUUGUGAAGCAGGAGGCCAUGGAGGAACUGGUGGACGAGGGGCUGGUGAAAAACAUUGGGAUCUCCAAGUUCAACCACUUCCAGAUCGAAAGGCUCUUGAACAAACCUAGACUGAAAUACAAACCAGUGCUUACCAGUGAUGAGGAUUGUUCCCUUUUACAGAUUGAGUGUCACCCAUACCUCAGGCAGGAGAAAUUGAUCCAGUACUGCCAGUCCAAGGGCAUCACUGUCAUGGCUUACAGCCCUCUGGGCUUUCCAGAUAGACCUGGGCGAGGCGACUCUUCCCUACUGGAGGAUCCCAAGAUUAAGGAGAUUGCUGCAAAGCACAAAAAAUCCACAGCCCAGGUUCUGAUCAGGUUCCAUAUCCGGAGGAACGUCGUCGUAAUUCCCAACGUGACGCCAGCACGCAUUGCUGAGAACUUUCAGGUAAGAUUCCAGCUGGUUGGCCCGGGUUUUCUCAGUGGAGGAGGGGACGGGAGAGAGUCCCUCACCAGGCCUCUCAUGCUGUCCCUGAGUUUUCUGUGGGCUCUUCCCCCUUCCCAGCACCUUGCAAUCUCUCAGGCCAGGCAGCUGACCUCAGAGCUGAGAUGAAUGACUAAGGAUGGGCUUGGGGAGCAGCUGGUGAGGUCCUGUCAGGUCUGAGCACAGCUGUACCUCUGAUCUGAUCACGGGGACUCUGCUAUCUUGAGGAUAUGAAGAUUUAAAAGAAUAAAGAAUAAUAAU